CAAAACAAAAUCAAAUACCAUAGACUUUCAAAAUGCCUUCUAAAAUUACGGUGGCCGUUGCCCAAGCACGCACCCACAACACCCUCUCGGAGACUCUUUCCGCUCUCAACCGCAUCACCCGCCAUGCUGCCUCCCGCGGUGUCCAUCUUCUCCUCUUCCCAGAGGCCUAUCUGGGUGGAUAUCCGCGUACCUGCAACUUUGGCACUGCCAUUGGUGCGCGUCUGCCCCAUGGUCGGGAUCAGUUCCUGAGCUACUUCCAUUCUGCGGUUGAUCUGGGGGAUACGCCCGCUGGAGCGGGUGAUGAUUGGGUGCAGAGAAAAUUGCCGGUUGCGGAGGGGAAGAAUCAUCGCGGUGAUGGCACCCGGGAAGCUCUCGAACGGGUCGCAAAUGAGACGGGAGUCUUUAUCGUUGUGGGUGUUAUUGAGAGAGCUGCGGGCAGUCUGUAUUGUUCUGUGCUCUAUAUUGACCCGGCGAAGGGGUGUCUCGGAAAGAGGAGGAAGGUAAUGCCUACUGGAACGGAACGUCUCGUCUGGGCCCAGGGUUCCCCUUCAACGUUAAAAGCCGUCACUACUCACCUCAAUGGUGUCCCUGUAACUCUGGCUGCAGCGAUUUGCUGGGAGAACUACAUGCCCCUCCUCCGACAGAGUAUAUAUUCACAGAACGUGAAUAUUUACUUGGCUCCCACGGCUGAUGCCAGGGAUACGUGGCUCCCACUGAUGCGGACCGUGGCAUUUGAGUCCCGGGCAUUUGUACUAAGCGCAAAUCAGUGCGUUAGGUACAAUGAAUUACCGGACUGGGUCACCGGCCACCAGGAAAAACAAGUGUCGCAUCUCAGGAAGCGAUCUGUGACGUCUGAAGGGCCGCAUGAAAUUGUUUGGCCCGAGGCCGAUAAGGAUAAGAGCAAGUCCGCUAUUGCAGCCCAAUCUAUUUCGACAGAAUACGUUUGCCGCGGCGGUUCCUGCAUUGUCGAUCCGCAAGGCCAGGUUCUUGCGGGCCCUAUCUGGGAGGUUUCUGCUGAUGAUGCGCCUGAUUCCGCUACCACGGCGCAUGCAGCGGGUAUAGAUGGCGGAUCUGCGGAUGCCGUUGGUGAUGGGCUUAUCAUCUCGGAGAUUGAUAUCGAGGACUGUGAAAGGGGUAGAUUGGACAUGGAUGUGGCUGGCCAUUACUCAAGGAAUGAUGCGUUCAAGUUGACGGUGGAGGGAUUGGAUCUUAACCCACCUCCCUUCUAAAGUGCAUUGAUUCCGAAUGUAUGUGUUGGGUGGAUUCUGUGAUUGAAGCUAUAUACAUAUUCCUUGUACAUGAUAACUAUGUAGCAGGAGCCGACUAAGCUUGUACAUAACACCUAAUUGACACAGCCGCAAUAUCGUCAGUGACGUUUCAGACCUCUGCGAAUAGCCAAACCAAUAACCUGAUUGACGCCUGCAAAGGAGCGCGCCUAGAAAUCCACUUUCCGAGCUAGAAUAGGUAUAUGUGUAGUCAUCGAGGGCGGUGCUUACAAGAGGGACAGACAUAUGAAACAGAUUCAGACUGAAAACGAACAGCGCAAGCCCUGAAGAUCAACCUCCAAGAUGACCAAUUAAGCAAGUUUAUGAAAACCCCAAACUCUACCUCCGAGUAAUAACAUCGUCCAGAGCCUCCCUAAUAUUAGGAUGAUUGCGCUCCUCAAGUUCCAUCUGUUUCC